CCUCUUCGUCAUAUACUCCGACAUCCCCUCCAACAGAGCAUUGGCUUUCAGGCUGCAUCAUACGGAAGAAGCAAUACAGUCGACGCAUCCGGAAGGAACAAUACCAGGCGACCCAAACAUUGGAUAAACAUCAGGCGUCAGAAUUAUGGCUUACAACAAUGGCUAUCAGGGCGGGUAUGCUCAGUCCAACCCAUACGACAACCGCGGCGGCAGCUAUGAUGCUCCUCCUCCAACAUACGCGCCCAACUACGAAAUGCAACCUCUCACCGGCAACGGCGCCGAAAACCCCUUCUCCGAACAACAACGCGACCCCAAUGCCAUCCUCAACGACUGCCGCGCCGUCGGCCGCGCCAUCGACGACCUCGAAUCCCGCCUGACCGACCUCCAACGCGUCCAACGCAACUUCGUCUCCGGCACCGGCGGCUCCAACAAAGAAGUCGACUCCCUCUCUGCAGACAUCAUGUCCGGCUACCGGGGUCUCGCCGACCGCGUGAAACGCAUCAAGUCCCAACCCGACGCCCGCAGUCCCCGCAACAACGCACAAGUCGAAGCGCUCGACCGUAGAAUACGCAAGGCCAUCAACCAUUACCAAACCGUGGAGUCGAGUUUCCGCAAGGAUGUGCAAGAGCAGCAGCGGAGACAAUACCUCAUCGUGCGACCUGAUGCGACGGAGUCGGAGAUUCGCGAGGCGACGGAGGCGGGAGGAGAUACGCAGAUUUUCCAGCAGGCGCUUCUCAACGCCGAUAGGAGAGGACAGGCGCAGAGCACGUUGAGGAAUGUGCAGCAGCGUCAUGAUGCGAUCCAGCAGAUUGAACGCACGAUGAUCGAACUGCAGCAACUGUUCCAGGACCUGGACGCUAUCGUCGUGCAGCAGGAAGAGCCGAUUAUGGCGAUUGAGCAAAAGGCCGAGGAGACGAAUACGCACAUGGAAGCGGGCAAUGUGCAUGUUGGGAAAGCGGUCAAUAGUGCUCGCGCGGCGAGGAAGAAGAAGUGGAUCUGUUUGGGAAUUUGCGUCGCCAUCAUCAUCAUUAUCAUCAUCAUCGUGCUC